AUGUCAUACAUAACAUCAUACAUAAUAGAUCAUCCUGAAUUUUACCACUCAGAACAAACAUCACAGGAAACAUUGAGCAGUAACCCUGAGGAUAGAUUGAAUCAAAUUGUGGACCAGCUUACUGUUUCACUAAAUGAUUUAAAAGAUGUUUCUCACAACUUUUAUUCUGAGUUGAUGCAUGGUUUAAAAGCUCACAGAAGGCACAGAAGCCUGUGGCUUCCAAAUGAGUGUUCAUUCAAAAUGUUGGACUCAUUUAUUCCUAAUAUUCCCACUGGUAAGGAGAAGGGUUCAUAUUUUGCUUUGGAUUUCGGAGGUUCAAAUUUCAGAGCUGUAAGGAUUGUGAUUGACGGUGAUGGGAAGAUGGAACGUAAUCAAUCUACUUUCAGUUUACGUUAUUCUAGUGCCCUUGGACCCAAGGGUCUCCUUGAUCAAAAAGCUACAGCAACUGAACUUUUCGACCAUUUUGCAAAGAAGAUUGAACAUGUCAUGAGGGAAUCAGGUGUUGAUCCUAAUCCAUCUGUACCACACAAGGUUGGAUUCACAUUUUCCUUUCCUUGCACUAUGUUAUCACCAUGUAAUGCCAUUCUUUUGGAUUGGACCAAAGAUUUCGAAACUGGUAGGGCUACGAAUGAUCAGGUUGAAGGCAAGGAUGUUGGAUUAUUGAUGAAUGAAGCAUUUAAGAGAAAUAAUAUCAAUGCUGAAGUUUCCAUUGUUCUCAAUGACACAGUAGGAACCUUGUUAUCUUGUGCUUACCAGAAACCCAAAGAUUAUCCUCCAUGCAGAGUUGGUGUUAUUUUGGGAACUGGUUUUAAUAUCUGUUAUGAGGAAGAUGAGUUCAGAAGGUUCGGAUAUGUAGGAAGAGUUAUCAACAUCGAAUGUGGAAAUUUCGACACUGAGCUUCCAUUAAAUCCUGUCGACUUUGAAAUUGAUUUUUAUACCUCGAAUCGUGGUCGUGGUAAACUUGAGAAGCUGGUUGCCGGAGCAUAUCUUGGUGAAAUCAUUAGGAGGUUUAUGAUCUUAUAUCUUAGAGAACAAGCUCCUCCAAAAAUGUGGGAGGUUGGUACAUUUACUUCUGUGGACGCCAGUGAGAUUUUGAAUGACAAUUCUGAUGAUUUAAGUUUAUCCAGACAGGUUGCCAUGAGAGCAUGGGAUGUUGAAUUACCAAAGAAAUCCUUGAUAGCUCUCAGAAAGAUUUCUGAGGCUGCAUUCGGACGUUCUGCUGGAUUUGCAGCAGCUUCCAUUUGUGCUACAGCCAGAAAAGCUAAGGCUUAUGUCACAUCUAAGACAACUGUUGCCAUUGAUGGAUCACUUUAUGUUAAAAAUGAAUGGUACAGGAAUAAAUUACAGUACUAUAUCGAUAAUGUAACUAGACCUGAUCUUGUUGGAAAUGUAGUUUUAUUGUCAUCCGAUGAUGGUUCAGGAAAGGGAGCAGCCAUAGCUGCUGCAAUGUUUGCAUAG